GGGCCCGAGGAAAGCACGCGACACUCGAGGCCGCCAGUUAAAGCGCAGCAGGCGAGGAUCGGCGGCCACCGCCUCCUCGGUGCUCCUGGCUCCGGUCCUUCAGUGACCGCCCAGGUGCGGAGCUGUCCCGGAGAAAAUCAGGAUAGUGUGUGGGCUGCCUCAGUGAAGACGGCACUACAUUCUGUCACUUCUGACGUGAGGAAGAGACUCUGCCCCACUCCUGUUCGUGGAUAGAGGACCUGGGCUGGAAGCAUGUGGCAGGUCCUUAGAGCCUGGAGGAAAGGAUGUCUGAGCCCACAUGGAACCCUGGCAUGGGCUAUGCAGGGUCAGCCACGCCCCCCUUGCAGCUGUGCUGUCGCCAGUGCAGCCUCUGUGGGCCGGGAUGAGUACACCUUUGUGGUGGUGGGCGCAGGUUCUGCUGGCUGUGUGCUGGCCAGCCGGCUCACUGAGGACCCGAAUCACCGGGUGCUGCUGCUAGAGGCGGGGCCCAAGGACUUGUUAAUGGGGAGCAAGCGGCUUCAGUGGAAGAUCCACAUGCCAGCUGCCCUUGUGGCCAACCUGUGUGAUGACAAAUACAACUGGUACUAUCACACUGAGGCGCAGCCCGGCAUGGAUGGCCGUGUACUGUACUGGCCACGAGGCCGGGUCUGGGGGGGCUCCUCAUCCCUCAAUGCCAUGGUCUAUAUCCGAGGACACGCCGAGGACUAUAACCGCUGGCACCGCGAAGGUGCUGAGGGUUGGGACUAUGCACACUGUCUGCCCUACUUCCGCAAGGCACAGAGGCAUGAGCAGGGUGCCAAUAUGUACCGUGGUGGGGAUGGCCCACUGCACGUGUCUCGGGGCAAGACCAACCACCCGCUUCACCAGGCCUUCCUACAGGCAGCACAUCAGGCUGGUUACCCCUACACUGAAGACAUGAAUGGCUUCCAACAGGAGGGCUUCGGCUGGAUGGACAUGACCAUCCACCAAGGGAAGCGCUGGAGCACAGCCUGUGCCUACUUGCACCCAGCACUGAGCCGCCCCAACCUCAAGGCCGAGGUCCAGACACUUGUAAGCAGAGUGCUGUUCGAGGGCACUCGCGCAGUAGGUGUGGAGUACGUCAAGAACGGCCAGAGCCACAAGGCUUAUGUCAGCAGGGAGGUGAUCCUGAGCGGGGGCGCCAUCAACUCUCCACAACUGCUCAUGCUCUCUGGUGUUGGGAAUGCAGAUGAUCUCAAGAAACUGGACAUCCCUGUAGUGUGCCAUCUGCCUGGAGUUGGUCAGAACCUGCAAGACCACCUGGAGAUCUACAUUCAGCAAGCAUGCACACAACCCAUCACCCUCCACUCUGCCCAGAAGCCUCUGCGGAAGGUCUGCAUCGGUCUAGAGUGGCUCUGGAGGUUCACAGGGGAUGGAGCCACAGCCCAUCUUGAGACCGGAGGGUUCAUCCGUAGCCGGCCUGGGGUCCCCCAUCCAGACAUCCAGUUCCACUUCCUCCCAUCACAAGUGAUUGACCAUGGGCGGAAACCCACCCAGCAGGAUGCUUACCAGGUACACGUGGGAACCAUGAGGGGCACAAGUGUGGGCUGGCUGAAACUGAGAAGUGCUAACCCUCGGGACCACCCUGUGAUCCAGCCCAACUACUUGUCAACAGAAACUGAUGUCGAGGACUUCCGUCAGUGUGUGAGGCUGACGCGAGAAAUUUUUGCACAGGAAGCCUUGGCUCCCUUCCGGGGAAAAGAGCUGCAGCCUGGAAGCCAUGUCCAAUCAGACAAAGAGAUAGAUGCCUUUGUGCGGGCAAAAGCAGACAGUGCUUACCACCCCUCCUGCACCUGUAAGAUGGGCCAGCCCUCUGAUCCUACCGCCGUGGUUGACCUGCAAACCAGGGUCAUCGGGGUAGAAAACCUCAGAGUCAUUGAUGCCUCCAUCAUGCCCAGUGUGGUUAGUGGCAACCUGAAUGCUCCCACAAUAAUGAUCGCAGAGAAAGCAGCUGACAUUAUUAAGGGAUUUCCUGCACUCCGGGACAAGAAUGUUCCUGUCUAUAAGCCCCAGACUCUGGACACCCAGCGUUAAGACAGACAGCCAUUGCCUGAGGACGACAGAGGAGCUCGUGCCAAGCCAAGAGAUCCUACGAGUACAGCCUGCCCCAGAUAUUUCUGAAACUGUGUAGAAACUUGGGACCCAGAUACCCCUACUCUUGGCUCAGACCUUCAUGGUAUCUGAGGAAAUGAGGCCAUGGUAGCCAGUGAGACAAGUCCCUUUUCCCAGUGUCCCUCUGAGGGCCCUCCACAAAAAGGCUAGCAAGCAAGCUGGGGCCUUCCUCCUGACCUCCUGGAGUUAGCAGUUAAUUAGGGCAGUUCACUCUUGUCAUGGUUUUCUCUUAUGGUCUCCAGCCUUCUCCAGCUCAGAGCUCUGCUUCCAGGAGUGGGAUGAUCCUUUCCCUGGUCUCCCACCUACGGCCAUUUCUGCCAAGUCAGGGUGGUUGAAGUGGACUGGACUCUCCAAGGAAGCUUUAGCUGAAGCCAAGAGCCAGGCAGCAGCUCAGCCAGGGCUGGUUACCUGAGUUCAUGUCCCCGAUUAGAGGGAAAGGCAGCUGGAGGACACCUUAUCCCCCUCUUCACUUCUCUUCUGCCAAUUUAAAUCUGAAGAGUGAGGUGCAGGGAUGAGGGCUCAGGUGACUGCAAGACUCAUGCCUACCUCUCUGGUUCUCAUCUUAUGAAACCGUCUAGAGGAGAGGCUUGCAGGACGUUGUUCAAGAAAAGGCCAGCUUGACCUUACUGCCAAAGAUUUCAUUGUUUAACCCCUACCACACAAAGGUGCAGGAAUAUAGAGCCAGUCCCACAGGCCAGUCACUACCUCAUGCCAAGGACAUGAGCCUACGAGGACCUUUCAUGGUGGCCCUGGAAGUGGCCCAGGCACCAGAGCUACUUCUGCAGACAGGACCGACCGUUUCUUAUACUCCAGACAUGGGAACAGCAUGGCACCGAGGCUGAUGGAGAACAGCAAAGAACUUUGGAGUGAAAGACAAGCCAGCCAGUAUUUGAGUCUUGGGUCAGGGGAGCGAAUACCAGCAGCCUUUACAAGAGCUCCUUGUAAUUCCUCAUAAUUAAGAUGUAAUCAGUAACUUAUCUUUGAACCAAGAUGCCUCAUCCUAACUGUUCUUACAAGAGCAUGAGAGCCAAAUGCAUCUUAGGUUAGUUUUUCUGAAGAUGUCCAGAGCCAUCAUUUGUAAUGGGGAAGAAAGGGAUCACUGUAUAGAAACCACAUUGCUGAGCGUAAAGGGAGGGGAAAUAGCAGGAUUCCAGGCUCCCCUAGGAUUGACUGGCAUGAGCUGUCUUCUAGACUUUUGAGUCCAUCUGAGAAGACCCUUCAAAGGGUUCAAAAGAAAAAUUAUAAACCAUCACUUUUACUUUGCAAACCAGGCUGCUCUUGUUUCAUCUCACCUUGCCUUUUUCCCCUGUUCCCAAAGAAGGUUAAGAAAAUCCUAGGUCUGCCAAGAGAUCCUUAUAGGACAGGUGUUAGACAGCAAUCCUCUGUGGUAUCUUCACCAGCACAUGUGCCACCCCUGGGAGGGCCAUGUUCUUCUCUCAGGCACAGCAGUGUUUUAGAAUAAGUGAAGAUAAACCCCGGCGUGCUCCUCGGUCACAUCCAGGCCUUCCUCUCACUUCGGCACAGGAAGGCCGGCUUCACAUGUUGACAUGCUUUCGUCACAUAAGGAAAUGAGUUUCUGGAGACAAGAAGUGGAUGUUACAUGCCCAGACCUUACAGAUGGUGUCAGGACAGAACAUGUGGUUUGGAGGGAUCCUCACUGAAGCCCCGAUGGCUGUUCCUGUUUCCAGCCCAAACAGAACAGAUGAACGUGCAGGAGCUCAAUCCAAAUACCCGGGCAGCCUGGAAGUCCCAGUGCCACUGGGGAGCCAGAGUGGUAGAAUGGUGCAGUCCUGCUUUGGUUGUAAAGUGGGGCUCACAUAGGCAGUUAGAUUGAGUUGCUUGGGGAACUGGACAGGCUUAGUUAAGUAGGCUCCUUAGCAAAGACCCUGUAAUACCCCAAACAUGGAAGGCCACAUGUUGCCAAAACCAGUACACACACACCUAGCAAGCAUGCGGCCCAUGGUUGAUCCCUAGCAUCAAAAAGAAAAAGCUUCACUUGUGCCCAGAGCUGUGAGAGCCCCGCUGUGUUUAUGGAACCUGGGCCCAUCUCACUGUUGGCCAAGUGUAUUCCUGACAGGGACACAGACGGGUCAUGGAUAGAGACAGGGACAACCUGCCAGCAUGACUGGAAACAGUCAAAAAAGCGGAAGUCACAGUCAGUGCUCACACAGGAGCCCUGCCUCCGGUACAAGCUGCAGGGUAAUUUCCAUAAAUUCAAAUAGAUUCUUCUCACCUGCACACCACAUCCCUCACACCCCAAGAUUUUUCAUAUUUCCACUGAUAAACUACCACAAUAUCAAACCUAAUGCAAAGAUUUUAUUAGUUCUCAAAAUUAAGGGGUGAGGGGAAGAAUAUGACCUACCCCUAGGCUCAAGCUGGUGACCUGAGUAGCCCCUGCUGGCUGGGGUGUUGUUUAUUCUUCAACCACUCUCCUCCCCCUUGUUCUGAUAUCAGAAGCCAGAAACUGAGCGUCUCCCUAGUUCUCCACUGCCCUCCCAGAAAGCACGCCUGGAAUGGAUUUCCUGAGAGGUGUGCCCAUGAUUUGGUGGUAUUUUUACAAGUAAACCAACACUCUAACCCCCAGAUAAAGGCACAGAGGAUAAAGAUCGUAGAUGAGAGCAUAAAACAGGGCUGGUCUGGCUGAAGAGCUGGACCACUGUGAAGUGUGCAGUGCCUUGAAGCGUACCCUUCUGCAGCCAUAGCGUGGGAGUCCACAGACCCCGUGGACGUUCCGAGUGAUGUUCUUGCUGACGGUUAGCAGACCAUAGUGAUUUCCACACUUCCUAAUGUUGUUAAGAACAUGAGCUUAAACUAAAAGUAUUCCAAAGAACUCAAAAUCAGGGGGUUGGGGCCGGGGCAGGAAAACCAAAAAGCAGAACUAUUUAGUCUUAAAACUUCCUUAAAGGGGAGGGAAAAAAAAACAUGCUCUACAACUUCAAAUUUUUUCUUACAAAGAGAAAUUUAAUAUUAGAUGAGAAGUUGAACCAGGCUUAAAGCAGACAUACUGGGAAGUGGGACAGCCUGAAAAGCCAGGCAGCAUUGAUGGCUGACUUUGGGGCAGAUCACCCAUUCCAGAACACACAACGAGUGUGAUCUGCUGACGUUAACGUCGCAUGGUCAGACAGACAGACAGACAGACAAGACACCCAGCAAGACAGAGUCCAAGGUAAAUGCUGAUGGUGGUUUAGCCCUUUAGGAGAACAGCACUCUCUGCAGCUGGUGUGAAGUUACUAUUGGCCUCGGAGGAGACCAAGGGCAGCAAAAGCUGCCUGAAGCUCUCCCGGCAGAGCCAGCUGUGUGAGGAGAGCUCCCCAUACAAAGGAAUUAUUACACAGUUUAUUCUGAAGAAUGCUUUGCAUUUUAAUAAAAAAAAAAAAAGGCUUUAUGUCAGGAAACAGUCAUUCACAAACCUUGAAGUGUUUCUGCAUCUGGAGUAAGAAUGUCUUCCGAAGAGGUUUUCGAGGUCUUUAUAAUAAAACUUAUUUAC